GUUUACUUUACAGUAUACAAUACAAAUAUUCCGCCAUCUGUCAUUACGCAGAGAGAGAAAGAGUGAGAGAAAGAGAGAGAGAGAGAGAGUCACGGAAGAUAAACAAAUUCAGCGGAAUAUGGAUAAAACACAGAAGAGAAAGAAGUAUGUUGUUGGUCAACAUAAUAAUUAUAAAAAACGUAAACAAUUAAUAUUAGAACCUGGUAUGACGGGAUUUUUGUGUACAUGCAACUUUCACGAAGGCUGCGUUACUGACGCCUACAAAUUACUUAACCUAUUUGCAGAUGAGAAAUUGGACGCAAAUAAGGAAUCUGAGAUAUCAAGUACUACAAAUACACUUGUUAAGAAAGAGACUAAUGAAUCUUCAGAAAAUACCGAUGAAAAUGAAGAUAUAUCCACUGCUCUGGAGAAAGAGAUCAAUGAACUUAGAACAGAGCAUGAAAUGCCCUUAUCUUCUCGAAAAUUUCAAGCAGUAGACACAGGUGCUAAAAAUUUGAUUUUUAUAGCAAGUACCUUACCAAAUCCAUUAGAACUAGUCACUAAAAUUCUUACUAAGUUGGAUGCAACCAAGGAACAGUGUACUAGAUACUUAUUAAGAUUACUUCCAAUAGAACUUAUAUGCAAAGCAUAUAUGGAUGACAUAAGAACGAAAGCGAAUACUUUACUUAAAAAGUAUUUUACUCAAGAACCUAAAACAUUCAGCAUUGUAGUUAACCGUCGCAAUAAUAACAGCAUUAAUAAAUAUGAGAUUAUCAAAGAUUUGGCAGGUAUUAUAACAAAGAAUCGAGCUCAUAAAGCAGACUUGACAAAUCCAGAGAUAGCCGUGGUUGUUGAAGUUGUACGUGGAGUCUGUUUGUUUUCUAUUGCUCCAAAUUAUUACAAGUUUAAGAAAUAUAAUCUUUUUGAAAUAUGUAAUAGUACAAAAAAUAAGGUAAUUUCCAAUAAAGAAGCAGCAGAGUCAAUAGAUGUAAAAACAGAAUCAAUAGAUGUAAAAACAGAAUCAAUAGAUACAAAAAGUGAAAAGGAUUUAGAUACAGUUACAUCAAGUGCACAAGAAGCAGAGGAAUCUGAUGACAAAAACUUGGAUACAGAAAUUGGAGAAAAAGAACAAAUUAAACUCGAGACUUAAAAAUUAUCAAUACUUAUAAACUUGUGAUAUAUGUAUAAAAUAUAUAAUA